GCAAGUUGCACCGUUACUAUGUAGCACCAUCAGACUUCUUGAUUGUCUUUGGAGCCUCUUUGGCGCGUUCCUCGUAAGGGCGUACGUCGGUGUCUCCUUGCGCGUCUCCCCCUUGGAAGCAACUCACUGGCGUGAGCCGUAGUUGUUCGUAGUUCCCACACGAGCCCAAGGUGUCCAUCCAGCCAAGAAUCAUACCCAAACAUGCGAUAGUAUGGAGAUCAAUGGGAAUCCGGUCAGCUCCAAACCCGAAAGGGACUCAAACGGAGACACUAGCGACCAUCCUCUUUGCUCGGUUUGCUCAACCUUGGAUAUCUGGAAAUUACUGUCCCAAGAUGUUGCUUCACUCAGUAGAUGGGUCACCGGGUUUUGGACUCCUUCCUUGGAUAAGAGCUAUGGCCAGGACUCCGUAAACUCAGUGCAAGUUGCUCGAUUCCGUCCGCCCAAUGGCCCGGCUAUCAGUUCAAGUUGUGCUAUGUGCAGACUACUCGCGUACUGUGUACCUGGGGACUCGGCCUCUUCAAUUCAGCGGCUUGGAGUCGUUGACUGCGGUCAGACACGGACUAUGAAAGGGCAAACUCGUCGGAUCAUCGGUCUGCAAGUAGACGUAAACAAAGCCCUACGAGUUCUUCCUUUCGGGGAAGACACCGAUUUAUUAGGCUUUUCUGCAGAAAACUUCCCACGCCCGUGCAUACCCGAACGUGCGGACCGGCAACUUCUCAAGUCCUGGCUGAAGAGAUGUGCACAAAAUCAUACCCUCUGCAAAGGUCUGGACGGAGAAUUGAACGAUCCGAGCUACGAUACUGGGAUCGAAUACGUGAUCAACAUAAAGGACAUGUGCAUUGAGCAAGUGAACGGGAAAUCGCUUCGAUAUAUUGCCCUUAGCUAUGUAUGGGGCAAUGCCCAGCAGCUGCGAUUAUUGAGAGAAAACGUCAUGUCGUUGACGCAGAAGAGUUCCCUCUAUGAUCAAUAUUGGCAACAUAUACCUCGGACCAUACAAGAUGCAAUCAACUUCACUCGCGAUCUAGACGAGAAGUAUCUCUGGGUGGAUGCGCUAUGUAUCUGUCAGGACGACGUGGAGUCUCGAGACUUCCAGAUCGGGAUCAUGAACGAGAUCUAUAAAUGCGCAACUUUGACUCUGGUCGCCUUGGAAGCUACAUCUGCUUCCAGUGAGCUUCCAGGGGUUAGCCAGUACCACGACACUCGACAGGCCCCUGUAGAAACUAUCCAAGGCCUACGUCUUACCACAAUACUACCACGUCUUGAACAACGGGUUGCGGAACUGGAUAUCGAGGGCCCAUUCCGCUGGUCUCGCCGUGCCUGGACCUUUCAGGAAGAGCUGCUCUCUCGACGGUUACUGUAUUUCAGCGAAAAACAGAUUUAUUUCAAGUGCCUAGAGUCGGAGUUCCGUGAAGACAGAAUUGACAGCGAAUAUAACAGCGAAUUAGUGAUCAAUCCGUUCGAUAUACACCCAGGACGAUACUUUUACAACCCCCCAGAACGUCAAUUCCGGCUCACGUGCUGGAAAAUGUUUAUCGAAGACUUUUCGACUCGACGAAGUACUAUGCCAGUCGAUCGUGGCCUUGCGUUCCAGGGCAUCGCGAAACAGCAGGAACAGACCUGGAAUACUCCAUGUGUUACAGGUCUAUCGAUCAUGCACUUGCCUAACACGUUGAACUGGCACCAUGGGUCUUACGAACACGGAAUGGCCAAGGUCAGUGAAAUCAGGAUUCUAGAGUGGCCCUCUUGGUCGUGGUUUGGGUGGACUGAUCAGAUGAUCUUCCCCAAAUACCAGUGUUAUCGUUCGACCAUCAGUUCAGUCAUAAUAGAGCACCAGGACGCCUCGUUGAAACUGUACUUCGAUGACUGGGGCUUCCUCCAACCUCCGGGACUUCGCGACUCGUUCUCCGCCCGGGUGGCAUGGGAGGUUCGUCUCGAAAUCGAGUUCGCGCGACGGAAUCUGGGUGCGCCCUUCGAAGACGAGCAAUGGCGACGGGCUGAGGAAGCAUGGCGGCGAGAUUACCCACCCGAUUUUCAUGCGGCUAGUAUUACAGGAGCGCGUGAUUGUACGCUAACUUUCAAGGCUGCAUCAACGUCACUGAAUCUGGACUUGGCAAAGAUCACAACCCGUGGUCAGAUUCCAAUCAUCAAUAGAAAGGGAGUGGCCUGCGGCGUAAUGCACAGCACGCGGCACACUGCGGCCCUCUCCUCUCACACUUUUGUCUGCGAAUGCAUUCUCAUUGGCACAAGUCGGCGUUUCCUCCACCUCCUCAAUCCCGGGUUUCCACCUCCCAGUUUUCGUCGUCCAAUUCUGAACAAAGAGACACUCUCCUCUACCUUCACCCCCUUCCUAGCGCAACGGUCUUCGUCGCGUCAAGACUUCCUCGCUAUGCCAGAAAUGCGGUCGUCUACCCUUUUCCGACGGCUUUUACCAAGAUGGGUCGCCGGGUCGCCGGAGGCGCGGACCCUUUGGUCGCGUUUGGAGCGGUAUUCUUCGCCAGUUGCUGUUAUAUUUCUCGCUCCAUUCGUAGGACUCGCGUUUGUGCUAUUUCUCCUCUACGCAAUCAUGCUUGCAUUGUUUACUGUUCUAGCUGCAUUGAUUAUACCGGCUCUUCUCAUCGGCGUCUGCCUGCUUCUAUUGAUCUGGAAAUUGGCCUAUGUUUGCCUAAUCAAAUACCUCUGGCUAGCGCAGGACUGGGACAAGGUGGCACAUGUGAUGUGGGUAGAGGACCAUGAGACUCAUUACGAGCGCGUGGCGGUGGGAGAGAUGAGCUUCCGCUCUUGGAAGCUGUGGACAAUCGAUUUUCUACCCAAUUCCUGCAAUUUCAACACACCUUCACAUCAAGUUUCACCGCCAUGGCCUUGCCAGAACCUUCCAGCCUCUCCGCUCAUCUCGAGAUAACACAUGGGCAUCACUCACCAAUCCCUCUGCCCGC